AUAUCUCUCGCUAGCCGUCAUUCUCUUGUCGAACUCCGCGCCCCCCUCUGUCCCAGUGUUACUCUGCUCCUGUCGCUGUUAGGGUUAUCAACAUGGGAGGCUCCUUGUCUCGUAUGUGGUCCUUUCUCUGGACGAAGAAGGAGAUUCGCAUCCUCAUCCUCGGUCUGGAUAAUGCCGGAAAAACAACACUUCUUUACAGACUCAAGAUUGGUGAAGUUGUUACUACGAUACCAACCAUUGGCUUCAACGUCGAAUCGGUGACGUAUCGCAACCUGAAUUUCAAUGUCUGGGAUCUCGGAGGUCAAACGUCCAUUCGACCUUACUGGCGCUGCUACUAUGCGAACACCGCUGCUGUCAUAUUCGUCAUUGAUUCCACAGAUAUUGAACGACUCGGCACGGCUGCUGACGAACUAGCGGCUAUGCUGAAUGAGGAGGAACUUCGUGAUGCGGCGCUGUUGGUAUUUGCCAACAAGCAGGACCAGCCUGGCGCCAAAGGUGCCGGCGAAAUAUCAGAGGCUCUCAAGCUGGGAGAGCUAAGGGAUAGAAACUGGAGCAUCGUCGCAUGCUCUGCUAUCGACGGCAAAGGUCUUAACGAAGGCAUGGAUUGGCUGGUGCAAACUCUUCAGUCUGAAAACGCAUGAGCGACGGUGUUAUUGUACCAUCUUAUAGAUUUCUUUUGAUAUAUGUUCGCCGCUUUCAGGUGGUAGGGAUUAGCUGCU